AUGGAAGAGCAGGACCCAGAAGGACCCGGAACGGGCAAGAGAGAAAGCAAAGGCCCCAAACCUACCCUAGCUGGGAGUGGUGUUGGAUUCUGGGAAAGCUUUGAGCCAGAGGUCUGUUAUCAGGUCACGGCGAUCUCAGAGGGAUAUCUCCAGCGUUUCCGGCAAUUCAGCUACCACGAGUCUGAUGGGCCCCGAGAGAUGUGGGGACCAUCUGUGAAGAUGGAAGCGGAGGUCUCUGAGGAGGAAGGGUCUCCCUUGGAGGAAGAGCAGAAGGUACAGGCCCAGGAGCGUGCCCAAGAGGCCCUCUCACACGCAGGAGAUGUUGAGGAGUCAGUUGGGGAAUUUCACGGGUUCUCACUGGAAAAAGCCAAGAUUGAACAGGCUGAAGGAAACUUCGAGAACAGAGAUAAACCACAGAGGCAGGAAGGAAACCGUACACUGAAAAGGGGGGUUAAGACCAUUCCUCACCAAGGAAGCAGGUUCCAUGAAAUCCCUGUCUCCAGCCGUCACCAACGGACUCUUUCAGGAAUGAAACUAUUCAUCUGUUCAGAGAAUGGAAUGACAUUCUCCGGUCAAAGGAAGCCCUAUAAAUGCUGUUAUUGUGGAAAGUACUUCAGAUACAGAACACAGCUUUUGGUACACCAAAGAAUACACACAGCACAAAAGCAUGUUGAAUUCUCAGAGUGUGGAAAGAAGCAGAGUAUUAAUUCCAGUCUACAAAAGCCACAAAGAACCCACACAGGGAAGAAGACUUUUCAAUGCUCAGAGUGUGGAAAGAGAUUCAGUGCGAGAUCCGGUCUUCAGCAGCAUCUAAGAACCCAUACAGGAGAGAAACAUUUUGAAUGUUCAGAGUGUGGGAAGAGACUUAGUAUAAGUGAUCUUCAACAGCAUAAGAGAUCUUACACAGAGGAGAAACCGUUUGAAUGCUCAGACUGUAGAAAGCGAUUUAGUGGCCGUGGCAAUCUUCAACUGCAUCAAGUAACCCACACAGGGGAGAAACCUUUUGUAUGCUCAGAGUGUGGAAAGAGAUUUAGUGUGAAUUCCAGUCUUCAGUAUCAUCAGAGAACCCACACAGGGGAGAAACCUUUCGAAUGCUUAGAGUGUGGAAAGAAAUUCAGUGUGAGUGGCAGUCUUCAAAAGCAUCAAAGAACCCACACAGGGGAGAAACUGUUUGAAUGCUCAGAGUGUGGAAAGAGAUUCAGCCAGAGUGGCUAUCUUCAAAAGCAUAAGAGAACCCACACAGGAGAGAAACCUUUUGAAUGCUCAGAGUGUGGAAAGAGAUUUAGUGCAAAUUCCAGUCUUCAGUAUCAUCAGAGAACCCACACGGGGGAGAAACCUUUUGAAUGCUCAGAGUGUGGAAAGAAAUUCAGUGUGAAGGGCAGUCUUCAAAAGCAUCAAAGAACCCACACAGGGGAGAAACCUUUCGAAUGCUCAGAGUGUAGAAAGAGAUUCAGUCGGUGUGGCAGUCUUCAGCAGCAUCAGAGAACCCACACAGGAGAGAAACCGUUUGAAUGCUCAGAAUGUGGAAAGAGAUUCAGUUUGAGUGCCACACUUCAGCAGCAUCAGAAAACCCACACUGGGGAGAAAACAUUUGAAUGCUCAGAGUGUGGAAAGAGAUUCAGCCGGAGUGGCUAUCUUCAAAAGCAUAAGAGAACCCACACAGGGGAGAAACCUUUUGAAUGCUCAGAGUGUGGAAAGAGAUUCAGUCAGUGUGACAUUCUUCAAAAGCAUCUAAGAAUCCACACAGGGGAGAAACCUUUUGAAUGCCCAGAGUGUAGGAAGAGAUUCAGUUUGAAUUCCAGGCUUCAGUAUCAUCAAAGAAUCCACACAGGGGAGAAACCGUUUGAAUGCUCAGAGUGUGGAAAGAGAUUCAUUGCAAAUGCUGGUCUUCAACAGCAUAAGAGAACCCACACAGGGGAGAAACCAUUUGAAUGUUCAGAGUGUGGAAAUAGAUUCAGUUUGAAUUCCAGUCUUCAAAAGCAUCUAAGAACCCACACAGGGGAGAAACCGUUUGAAUGCUCAGAGUGUGGAAAGAGAUUCAGUCAGAGUUCCAACCUUCAGCAGCAUCAGAGAACUCACACAAGGGAGAAACCUUUUGAAUGCUCAGAAUGUGGAAAGAGAUUCAGUUCAAAUUUCAGCCUUCAGCAGCAUCAGAGAACUCACACAGGAGAGAAACCUUUUGAAUGCUCAGAGUGUGGAAAGAGAUUCAGUUGGAGUUGCACUCUUCAGCAGCAUCAGAAAACCCACACUGGGGAGAAACCUUUUGAAUGCUCAGAGUGUGGGAAGAGAUUCAGUGCAAAUGGUGGUCUUCAAUUGCAUAAGAGAAUCCACACAGGGGAGAAACCGUUUGAAUGCUCAGAGUGUGGAAAGAGAUUCAGUCAGUGUGGCGGUCUACAGCUGCAUCAGAGUACCCAUACAGGGGAGAAACCUUUUGAAUGCUCAGAGUGUGGAAAGAGAUUCAUUCAGAGUUCCAGUCUUCAGCUGCAUCAGAGAACCCACACAGGGGAGAAACCUUUUGAAUGCUUAGAGUGUGGAAAGAGAUUCAGUAACAGUGGCAAUCUUCAAAGGCAUCAAAGAACCCACACAGGGAAGACGACUUUUGAAUUCUCAGCAAGUGUGGAAUGA